AAAAUCAACAAUAAUAAAUGUUGCAAAUUUAAUCAAAUCAACUGAAAAAUUAAACUAACUAAAUUUUAUGCAAAAUAGAAAUGUUAAAUUUACACAAUAGAAACCACAAUAACAGCGCCAACAACAAUAAUAACAAAGGCCACAAAAUGCAUUUGAAAAGUGCAACAACGGCAAAGGCAACAAUAAUGAAACAUAAGUUAAGCAAAUUUUAUGGAUACGGUUGGUUGCAAGUCUUCCUACUACUACUAACAGUCCUAGUGAUUGGUAAUCAAAGUGCCCACAGGGAGAAUAUACGACCAAAGCUCUACGUUGAAUUAGGUCCCGAAGAUGUACUGAAGUUUGUGGGCAAUGAAAGUGUCGUGGAUCACUUCAAGCUCGUCACCAAGGAUGGCAAUAGUCUGCUCAUCGGUGCCAGAAAUACGGUUUUUAAUUUAAGCAUACAUGAUCUCGUCGAGCAGCAGCGCUUGGUUUGGACGUCGCCGGAGGAUGAUACCAAAAUGUGUCUCGUCAAGGGCAAGGAUGAGGAGGCCUGUCAGAACUACAUUCGCAUCAUGGUGGUGCCAUCGCCGGGUCGACUUUUCGUUUGCGGCACCAACUCGUUCCGGCCCAUGUGCAACACGUACAUCAUCAGCGACAGCAACUACACGCUGGAGGCCACAAAGAAUGGACAGGCGGUUUGCCCCUACGAUCCCCGUCACAACUCCACCUCUGUGCUGGCUGACAAUGAACUGUAUUCCGGAACUGUGGCAGAUUUCAGCGGCAGCGAUCCGAUUAUCUACCGAGAGCCCCUGCAGACCGAGCAGUACGAUAGCCUAAGUCUCAACGCACCGAACUUUGUGAGCUCAUUUACUCAAGGAGACUUUGUCUAUUUCUUCUUUCGGGAAACCGCUGUGGAGUUCAUCAAUUGUGGCAAGGCGAUUUAUUCGCGCGUUGCCCGCGUCUGCAAGUGGGACAAAGGUGGCCCGCAUCGUUUCCGCAACCGCUGGACAUCCUUCCUCAAGUCCCGGCUCAACUGCUCCAUUCCCGGCGAUUAUCCUUUCUACUUUAACGAAAUCCAAUCGGCCAGCAAUCUGGUGGAGGGCCAGUAUGGCUCGAUGAGCUCGAAACUGAUCUACGGAGUCUUCAACACGCCCAGCAACUCGAUACCCGGCUCAGCGGUUUGUGCCUUUGCCCUCCAGGACAUUGCCGAUACGUUCGAGGGCCAGUUCAAGGAGCAGAGCGGCAUCAACUCCAACUGGCUGCCGGUAAACAAUGCCAAGGUUCCCGACCCUCGCCCUGGUUCCUGUCACAACGAUUCGAGAAGUCUUCCGGAUCCCACGCUGAACUUCAUCAAAACACAUUCGCUAAUGGACGAGAAUGUGCCGGCAUUUUUCAGUCAACCGAUUUUGGUCCGGACGAGCACAAUAUAUCGCUUCACCCAAAUUGCAGUGGAUGCGCAGAUCAAAACGCCCGGCGGCAAGACCUAUGAUGUUAUUUUUGUGGGAACAGAUCAUGGAAAAAUCAUCAAGUCAGUGAAUGCCGAGUCUGCCGAUUCCGCGGACAAAGUAACUUCUGUGGUCAUCGAGGAGAUCGAUGUCCUGACCAAGAGCGAACCCAUACGCAAUCUGGAGAUAGUUAGAACCAUGCAAUAUGAUCAACCCAAAGAUGGCAGCUAUGACGAUGGCAAAUUAAUCAUUGUGACGGACAGCCAGGUGGUGGCCAUACAACUGCAUCGUUGUCACAAUGACAAAAUCACCAGCUGCAGUGAGUGCGUCGCCUUGCAGGAUCCGUACUGUGCCUGGGACAAAAUUGCUGGCAAGUGCCGUUCGCACGGAGCUCCUAGAUGGCUGGAGGAGAACUAUUUCUACCAGAAUGUGGCCACUGGCCAGCACGCGGCAUGCCCCUCAGGCAAAAUCAAUUCGAAGGAUGCCAACGCAGGGGAGCAGAAGGGCUUCCGCAACGACAUGGACUUAUUGGAUUCGCGACGCCAGAGCAAGGAUCAGGAAAUCAUCGACAAUAUUGAUAAGAACUUUGAAGGUCCACAAAUCUCCGCAGAUAUAAUCAACGCCCAGUAUACGGUGGAGACCCUUGUGAUGGCCGUCUUGGCCGGCUCGAUAUUCUCGCUGCUGGUCGGCUUCUUUACAGGCUACUUCUGCGGUCGCCGUUGUCACAAGGAUGAGGACGACAAUCUGCCAUAUCCGGAUACGGAGUAUGAAUAUUUCGAACAGAGGCAGAAUGUCAAUAGCUUCCCCUCAUCCUGCCGCAUCCAGCAGGAGCCCAAGCUGCUGCCCCAAGUGGAGGAGGUGACGUAUGCGGAACCAGUGCUGCUGCCCCAGCCGCCGCCACCCAAUAAGAUGCACUCGCCAAAGAACACGCUGCGCAAGCCGCCUAUGCACCAGAUGCACCAGGGACCCAACUCGGAGACCCUCUUCCAGUUCCAACCAGAUGGCUACAACACCCAGCAGUCGUACCGCGGUCGCGACAACUUUGGAACACUACGUUCCCACCAGGUGAUGGGCGAUAACUAUAGGCGCGGCGAUGGCUUUUCCACCACCCGCAGUGUCAAGAAGGCUGUAAACAACACAAACACACGUAACAGAAGUCUUGGUCGCGCAAGAAGACAGCCGCCCCGUCAUGGCAUUGUAACUCAACACCGUUCGAAUAGCCCCCAGCAGCAACAGCAGUCACAGCAGCCGCACUCCAGUUCCGGCUCCUCACCCGUAAUGUCCAACAGCAGCAGCAGUCCGGCUCCGCCAUCCAGCAGCCCCAGUCCGCAGGAGAGCCCCAAGAACUGCAGCUAUAUCUACCGUGAUUGAUUGAUAUGCAACACCAAAUCGAUGCCACUCAUUAAAGCCCAGUCCACGCACGCCCAGCCACGCCAACAACCACACCCUUAUUCAUCACCCGGUCCGACCACGCCCCCAGCCCAGCCGCGAGCCAAGAGUCCAAUGAUCAGCAGGACAUAUGCCAAGUCCAUGCCCGUUACACCAGUUCAACCGCAAUCGCCUUUGGCGGAGACGCCCUCCUAUGAGCUCUACGAACGGCAUUCCGAUGCCAUUUUCCACUUCGACGAUGAAGACGAUGAGGAUGACGAUCGGGACCAGGCGGACACCUCCUCGCUGGCCAUGAUCACACCGCCGCCGCCCUAUGAUACACCUCACUUGGUAGCAUCGCCUCCGCUGCCGCCACCACGUAGAUUUCGCUUUGGCAACCGCGAAUUAUUCAGCAUGAGUCCCGCCGGCGGCGGUGCCACCCCCACAGCCUCGGGUAGCUCCAACAACCGCGGCAGCAGCGCCAUUACGCCAACCAAACUAAGUGCAGCAGCAGCUGCCAUGUUUGCUGCCCCCCAAAUGGCCACCCAACUCAAUCGGAAGUGGGCACAUCUGCAGAGAAGGCGACGCAGGCGUAACAGCAGCUCCGGCGAUUCCAAAGAGCUGGACAAACUGGUCCUGCAAUCGGUCGACUGGGAUGAGAACGAGAUGUACUAGCAUAGGACCCACAAAUAGGAUAUGGCAGCAGCACACUUUCAUUCUAAGCUAGUUGAUCCGAUUUUACUGUUUAAAAACUUUAGAUCUUUUUGUAAAAUUAUAUCUUUUUAAAAGUCUUCAGGGCUUUUGAUUAGUUAGCUAGAAUGUUAAGAACAACAACAUGUGAUUGAUGUUAAGUUAGUAGUAGUUAACAACUUUAGACGAACUUCAAAGUAUAAAUAAGGGGAUUACAGGUUAUUUUCUUUGUUUUGUUUGCCUUUAUUGUGAUAAUUUCAAAGUAAUUUUACAACUAAAUGCAGCUUUUUAGUUUACAAAACAUAUUAAAAGAAAUUACUGUUAAUUUUUAUUAAUUUUGCUUCAAUUUUACACAAGUUUUAAGACAUUUUUUAUGACCUAAUCUCAAAACAAAACUAUGAUUUAAAAUGAAAUUCACUUAAAAGUCCCCGAAUUAAGGCUGGUUCUAAAGAAGUUUUCUACUACCUUCUAUUAGUACAUUAAUCAAAAUUCCAAGGUGGCGCUGCACUUGAUUAAACGUGGCUUUUGACUGGGCAUUUUAUUCAUAACCCCCCCUGAAACCAUCACCCCUUCCUCAAACUACAAGUAGCAAUCGAAUAAAUCAUUCAUUGGCGAUAGGAACUGGAUGAGGAUUUACUUAGACACCCGAAAAGCAAAAAGCCAGAGAAGUUAUACACGAAGUUUAUAGUUAUAUAUAGCCUUUAUACAUACUCCCAGAUCUGCUAAGUAUACACAAGGAUAACAUAACAUACGUAUAUAUAUAUAUAUAUGACUCUAUAUAUACCAAUUGAUUAUAGAUGAUAUAGACACGGUUCAAAAAAGAAACGGCUACGCUAGAUUAGAGCUGCUAAAUGAUAUUGUUAAUUACGAUUAGAGAACAAAUCAACAAGUGUAAAUAUUAAUCCUAAAGAAUGGGCAAGACGUAACGUAAUCUAAGCAAACCUUAUUCGAAUAGAGUAUACACGAUAUACAAGAUUUUUGCAUUUAACCAAGAGAAAUAAAAAUUAGAUGAAAUUUAAAUU